UUUCGAUGUUUACUGCUCACAAAAAAAGCCAAUAUUCAAAGGAAGUUAGUCUGACUAAAUGUAAACCUAGAAGGCCAAAAAAAACUGAAACAACAGCAAAGAAAGUCUGUUUAACUAAACAUGGACCUGGAAGACCAAAAAAAACUAAUAUAAUGGCAAAAAAACAAAAAACUGAAUAA